AUGGAGGGUCUUCAAGUAGGCAUCGGAAUACAUGCCGACCCGGCGGCGGUCAGCAUCAGCUGCCGUGGGGUGCCGGAGGGCGGGGGCCUCGCCAUCUACGAGCACGUGCCGCCGCUCGAGCAGCCGACGCAGAACGUCAACCGCGAGUACGAGAGCCGCGCCGCCGAGGCCGCGCUGCGGGAGACGCUCCUACGGGCCGGCCGCGUUACCCGCGUCGAGUACAGGUGCAACCGCGCCGCGAUCUUUGUGUCGGACCAGUACCACGAGAGCCUGCCCUUCUCGUUUGCGCGGGGCUACGCGCAGAGGAGGGCCAACCUCACCCUCCUUUUCGGGGACCGGUGGAGCAGCGAGGUUGUCGCGGCGGGGGCGGAGCAGGGCGGCACGGGAGGAGGCUGGGACUUGUUCGAUUAA